AUGUCUAUUGAAGGGAAAUCCAUAUCCGGCCUCCUAGAUACUGGUGCCGAUCGUAGUAUCAUCAGCAUCAAGGAUUGGCCCACUGGGUGGCCAAGACAACAGUCAGAGCAAACACUGAGAGGACUAGGAUAUGCUCAAAUGCCAGAAAUGAGCUCUCGUAUCCUACAUUGGAAGGAUGAUGAGGGACAUUCUGGUGAGUUUCAACCAUAUGUACUGGCCGUUCCAGUGUCCUUAUGGGGUCAUGACCUGAUGAAAGAAAUGGGCUUUAUUUUAACUAAUGAAGGGUGCUACAGCACGCAGGCCCGGGAUAUGAUGAUGGGAAUGGGCUAUGUCCCUGGAAGGGGGCUAGGCCGCUCUUUACAGGGCAAAGCCUCCCCUGUGACAGUCCGCAAAAAGACUAAUUAUGGCGGGCUGGGUUUUUCAUAG